UCUCGCAUCGGCAUCUCUCCUAAGGCUUUCCACUCUCCUUUCCGGUCCCCGAAGUCUCCCUGCUCCCCCAAAUUACAGUCAGGGGGCCCAAAGCCCCCCACAUUCUCCCGCCCCGGUUCCCCAGCCCCAUUGGUCACCUCCCCCCCUGCAGCACCUGGCCCCCCCCAGGUCCCCGAUUGGCCAGCAUCCCCAUCACUCCGUGCGGGCUGUGCUAACGUCAUCCUGCAGUAGCCGGGCAGGGGUGGGAGUGAGAGAGAGUGAGGACGCCGGGCUGGAGGGGACCGAACACAAGCUGCUGCAAGCCCCCCACCUCAGCCGCUCAGGUUGGGGUCUGCCCAGCUCUGCUCUGUGAACCAGCGAGGGUGACAGCUUCCUCUCUGUCCCUGCCUUGCUCUCGGCCCUCCCCGGGAGCCCCUGCAGCCCUCCGCACCAGGUGGAACCGCAGGCUUCAGGCUCCAGGGGGAGAGCCCACUCCAGACCUGCCCUGCCCGACGCGGCGCUAUGACCCUGCUGUGGCCCCUUUUGCUGGCCUCCCUGCUCCCCUCCAGCUCCAGUAACAAAGCCAAUAAGCACAAGCCAUGGAUCGAGGCCGAGUACCAGGGCAUCGUCAUGGAGAACGACAACACUGUCCUGCUGAAUCCACCGCUCUUUGCCCUGGACAAGGACGCCCCCCUGCGAUAUGCAGGUGAGAUCUGCGGCUUCCGGCUCCAUGGGUCUGGCGUGCCCUUUGAGGCGGUGAUCUUGGACAAGGCUACGGGAGAAGGGCUGAUCCGGGCCAAGGAGCCAGUGGACUGCGAGGCUCAGAAGGAGCACACCUUUACCAUCCAGGCCUAUGACUGUGGCGAGGGCCCUGAUGGGGCCAACACCAAAAAGUCGCACAAGGCAACGGUACACGUGCGGGUUAACGACGUGAAUGAGUUUGCCCCUGUGUUUGUGGAGCGGCUAUACCGGGCGGCAGUGACGGAGGGGAAGCUGUAUGACCGAAUCCUGCGGGUGGAAGCCAUUGAUGGCGACUGUUCCCCACAGUACAGCCAGAUCUGCUACUAUGAGAUCCUUACACCCAACACCCCCUUCCUCAUAGACAAUGACGGGAACAUCGAGAACACGGAGAAGCUGCAGUACAGCGGGGAGCGGCUCUACAAGUUUACCGUGACGGCUUACGACUGCGGGAAGAAGCGGGCAGCCGAUGACGCAGAGGUGGAGAUCCAGGUGAAGCCCACCUGUAAACCCAGCUGGCAAGGCUGGAACAAAAGGAUUGAAUAUGCGCCGGGCGCUGGGAGCUUGGCGUUGUUCCCUGGCAUCCGCCUGGAGACCUGUGAUGAGCCACUCUGGAACAUUCAGGCCACCAUAGAGCUACAGACCAGCCACGUGGCCAAGGGCUGUGACCGGGACAACUACUCAGAGCGGGCGCUGAGGAAACUCUGUGGUGCUGCCACGGGGGAGGUGGAUCUGUUGCCAAUGCCUGGCCCCAAUGCCAACUGGACCGCAGGGCUCUCUGUGCACUACAGCCAGGACAGCAGCCUUAUCUACUGGUUCAAUGGCACCCAAGCUGUGCAGGUGCCCCAGGGGGGCACAGGCUCUGGGUCCCAGGACAGCCUCAGUGACCACUUCACCCUGUCCUUCUGGAUGAAGCAUGGCGUAACUCCCAGCAAGGGCAAGAAAGAAGAGGAAACCAUUGUGUGUAACACCGUCCAGAACGAGGACGGCUUCUCUCACUACUCCCUGACGGUCCAUGGCUGCAGAAUUGCCUUCCUCUACUGGCCCCUGCUUGAGAGUGCCCGCCCGGUCAAGUUCCUCUGGAAGCUGGAGCAGGUCUGUGAUGAUGAGUGGCACCACUAUGCUUUGAAUCUCGAGUUCCCCACGGUCACACUCUAUGCUGAUGGGAUUUCCUUCGACCCCGCCCUCAUCCACGACAACGGUCUCAUCCACCCACCCCGAAGGGAGCCUGCGCUGAUGAUCGGGGCCUGCUGGUCUGAGGAGAAGAGCAAGGCGAAGGAGAAAGGAGGAGACAGCAGCACGGACCCAACACAAGGAGACCCCUUGCCGAUCCACCACUACUUUCACGGCUACCUGGCUGGGUUCAGCGUGCGCUCCGGUCGCCUGGAGAGCCGGGAGGUCAUCGAGUGCCUCUAUGCAUGUCGGGAGGGGCUGGACUAUAGGGAUUUCGAGAGCCUGGGCAAAGGCAUGAAGGUCCAUGUGAAUCCCUCGCAGUCCCUGCUCACCCUGGAGGGGGAUGAUGUGGAGACCUUCAACCAUGCCCUGCAGCAUGUGGCUUACAUGAACACUCUGCGCUUUGCCACGCCUGGCGUCAGGCCCCUGCGCCUCACCACUGCGGUCAAGUGUUUCAGCGAGGAAUCCUGUGUCUCCAUCCCGGAAGUGGAGGGCUACGUGGUGGUUCUUCAGCCGGAUGCCCCACAAAUCCUGCUGAGUGGCACAGCCCAUUUUGCCCGUCCAGCCGCGGACUUUGAGGGACCAGAGGGGGUUCCUCUGUUUCCCGAUCUUCAAGUUACUUGCUCCAUUUCCCACCAGGUGGAGGCCAAGAAGGAUGAGAGUUGGCAGGACACAGUGACAGACACACGCAUGUCAGAUGAGAUUGUACACAACCUGGAUGGCUGUGAGAUUUCUCUGGUGGGGGAUGACCUGGACCCCGAGCGGGAGAGCCUGCUCUUGGACAUGACCUCCUUUCAGCAGCACGGCCUGGAGCUCACCAACACGUCUGCGUACCUCACCAUUGCAGGGGUGGAAAGCAUCACUGUGUACGAGGAGAUCCUGAGGCAGGCGCACUAUCGGCUGCGGCAUGGAGCUGCGCUUUAUGCCAGGAAAUUUCGGCUUUCCUGCUCGGAAAUGAAUGGCCGUUAUUCCAGCAACGAAUUCAUCGUGGAGGUCAACGUCUUGCACAGCAUGAAUCGGGUUGCCCACCCCAGCCAUGUGCUCAGUUCCCAGCAGUUCCUGCACCGUGGUCAUCAGCCGCCCCCUGAGAUGGCUGGACACAGCCUGGCCAGCUCCCAUCGAAACUCGAUGGUCCCGAGUGCUGCGACCCUCAUCAUCGUGGUGUGUGUGGGCUUCCUGGUGCUCAUGGUCGUCCUGGGCCUCGUGCGCAUCCACUCCCUUCACCGCCGCGUCUCGGGGGCCGGGCUCUCCCCGGGGGCCUCCAGUGACCCCAAGGACCCUGACCUCUUCUGGGAUGACUCAGCCCUCACGAUUAUCGUGAACCCUAUGGAGUCCUACCAGGACCGGCAGGUCUGUGUGACCGGGGCUGCCGCUGGACAGCCGGAGGAGGAGGACAGCUGUGACUACGAGGCAGCCGACUCCCCCAGCAGCGAUGAGAGGCGCAUCAUUGAGACCCCUCCACACCGUUACUAAGGCCGACACAGAGCAGAUCCUGCCCGGGCGAGACAGAGUCACACCCCGAAAAGGGAGAAGGGCUUUCAGAGAGAAGAGAGACCAAGAGCCCCACAAAGGGAAUCCAAAGCCCAGUGGGUCCCCCUGGGACCUGUGCCUCCACCCUCCCAGCCCUUCCCUCUCCCCCUAGACUCCUUGAACCUCUCUUGCCUCUUGCCUGCCUCUGGCAGGUCUGGUCUGGCUGCUGUGGAAAGGUAGCCGGAGGACUUUGGCUGCCUUUCCUGCUGCACGCCCACCCCCGUAGGGCCUUAGCUCUGGCUGUUCCCACCCCCACCCCCACCAUCCACGCACUGUUGAGGUGGUGGGAGUGUGUAGUAAUGGCGGGGUGGGGGAAUUGAAGGAAAUCCUCUACUCUAGCCUCCCCUACUCUCUCCUGUCCCUGGGAAGAAUUUCUCCCUCUGACCCCAGCACACACACACACACCCUGCUGGGCCAUCCCUGUUUCUCCCCCUGUGAUCCUCAACCACCUCUAUUUCCAUUUCACUCUGGGGACCCCUGCUUCUCCCAUAUUCCCAUCUCCCUUCCUGUUUUGUCUUCUCCUCCAACCCUUGCAAUCCUGGGGUCCUAGGCCCCUGCCCCUUCCUUUCUGACCUGGCCCUGGCUAGGUUGUGAGGAUGGAAGCGGGAAGCAGGGGCCCCCUAGGUGUAUUAUAUAUAAUGUAUAUUUUUUCAAUGUU